UCCAGUCAAAUCUUGCUACUGUACCCAACAUACCUAUAGCAUUUGUUACCUACUAAAUUUCUCAUCAAGCUUCUGUGAUUAAAAAUAAAAUGAACACUCCCUAUCUUCUCGCGUUUGCCGCCAUCUUGGUGUUACUAGGCAACACAUCAGCCAAGAGCGUGGAUACCGUUAACUCAGAGGUUGAACGAGAUUUAGACGAGACAUUUGCUCAAAGUUUGGAGAGGGCCCUGGAAUUGACUAAAUCGAACUUGCAAGGGUCUAAGAGGUUCGAUGGUCUACAAAGACGUAAGUUUUUAGAUGGCAUCUUUAGUAUGCUCAAAGGUCUUUACGGUCUGGCUGAGAAACUGUACGAGGGCGGCUACGAGAAGGUUCUCGACAUUUUUAAAUCGUACACGGGGAGGGACACACCGUCGGAUAUUGCCGGACAGCUUGCCGCGCUAGGCUUUGAUGAACAGGACCGACAAACCUUGCAAGAGAUCAUAGAACAAAUUAAGAAGAUCGAGAACGAACAAGGGAAAUAAUUUGGUUUUAAAUAGUUGUUUUAAAGUUUAACUAUAUAGUCUUAUAUUAAAGUACUAAAGCAAAAUUCCUUGUCAAUUAAGCCAUCGGAAAAUAAAACUACAGA